UCAGCGUACGACAUGCUGCACCGCGCUCGCCUCGAGUGGCCUUGCCUCUCCUUCGCGGUGGUGCCGGACGCGCUGGGCGAGGACCGCGCCGCGUUCCCGCACACGGCCUACUUUGUCGCCGGGACGCAGGCCGAGGCCCGCGGCCAGAAUCGGCUCCUCUGCCUCAAGAUGAGCGCGAUGCACCGGACAAAGCACGACGACGAGUCUGGUGCGCAGACGCACGCGACACCUCCCUGCACGCCCCACACGCCGUGGCAGACACGCCGUCGCAGACACUUGCGACACCCGCCGCCGGAGGAGCACGCCUCGCCGACCCGUGUCCGGACUGCUCCCCGACAGGCGCCCCACGUGUGCGCCACGUGGUGCGAAGACACCUCCGUCCGGCUGUGGGACCUCUCCCACCAGCUGGGGAACCUGCACGCGCCGGGUAAGGGCGGCGGCGGCGCUUCUGCGCGCGGGGAGCCGCUAAAGACGUUCGGCGGGCACGGCGACGAGGGGUACGCGCUAGACUGGUCGCCGGUCGCGUCUGGGGCGCUCGCGUCGGCAGACUGCGCGGGCAAGAUCCAUGCGUGGCGCGGCUCGGCCGGCGGCGGGUGGGCGGUGGACGCGGCGCCGUACGAGGGUCACGUGGGGUCGGUCGAGGACGUGCAGUGGUCGCCCGUCGAGGCGGGCGUCUUCAUGUCGUGCGGCGUAGACUCGAGCGUCCGCGUGUGGGACCGACGCGCUCGCGACACGUCCGCAGGCGCGUCGGCGAUCACAGUUGACGAGCAGCACGGCGCUGACGUCAACGUCAUCUCGUGGAGCAAGCAGGUCAACUACCUGGUUGUGUCUGGCGCCGACGACGGCUCCUUCCGGGUCUGGGACUUGCGUUCGAUUCGCUCGGGGGAGCCGGUUGCGCUCUUCACGUGGCACCGCGGCCCAAUCACCUCCGUCGAGUGGUCGCCACACGAGUCCGGCCGCCUCGCUGCCGACCAGGUCACGCUCUGGGAUCUGGCGCUCGAGGACGACCCCGAGGCCGACUCGGCGGCGCGCGGGCGUGACGACUUGCGUGACCUGCCGCCGCAGCUGUACUUUGUGCACCAAGGCCAACGCGACAUGAAGGAGGCGCGCUGG